UAUAAAUUGAGGGUCAUGGGCUCCCCUGAAUACUCAUUCAAAACAGAGUUGUGGUCAUCUGCCUUAUUGUCAUCAAUCCAAAAAUGUCGUCGUGCUGCGGUGGUAAAUGUGGUUGCGGGUCCGGCUGCGGCUGCGGCAGUGGCUGCAACGGGUGCGGGAUGGCUCCUGAUCUGAGCUACAUGGAGGGGUCCACCACUGAGACCCUUGUCAUGGGAGUUGCUCCCCAGAAGUCGCACUUUGAGGCAUCUGAGAUGGGAGUUGUAGCUGAGAACGGAUGCAAGUGCGGGGAUAGCUGCACCUGCAACCCCUGCAAGUGCACCAAGUGAGUGACAGAUGUCACCUUCUGACGAAGCAAGAGAAUCGUGGGGCUUCUAUGUUUAGCAGUAGUAAUCUAUGUGUGUGUCUGGUAAUUAUGAUCCUAAUGUACCAAGGUCGUGUUGUUAGAAUAAAGUAGCCAUGGCUUGCCCUCUGACCUGCAGAUCCACUAGGCAAGGAUCUGCUGAGGAUGAUCCUAGGUUAUGGCUGCUUGUGUCUCUGUUUCUAUCAUGUGUUGUGUAGAGUUGGAUCAUACUGUGUGUGAUGAAAUGAAUGAAAAACUUGCAUGUUUUACUUUAA